AUGCCUGGACCAUUGUAUCGCAAUACUGGAAAGAUCCCCGAGGCGCCUAAGUUCCACAACCACUACACCUUAAGCAACGGUUGCCCUGUCGAAGACUCUCAGGUGUCUGAGAGUUUCAGCAAGCAAGAUGGCAAGAAUCGCUACGCGUCACAGUUGAUCCAGGACAUCAACACCAUUGAUACGAUCCCCCAUAUCACCAGGGUGCAGAUCCCGGAACGGUAA